GGUCAGUUGCGAGUGAAACGUGGCCAAUCACGGAAGUGCCGGAUUCCUCCGCGGCUGGCUGGUGCGAAAAGAGGCGCGCGCGCGCGAAAGCCCUUUACACAUACUAACGAAGUGACGCUUACUGUAGUUUGCGAUCGUGCGCUGCAUCGUGGCUGUAACGCCCUUUUCCCAUCCGUGCAUUAUUGAGGGUAUUUUCACCGAUCCGUCAUACACCUGUAGCCCGGUUCUAAGUGUUGUUCGUGCGUGGUUUACCUUUUAUCGUUUGUGUUUAGGCAAACUGCACUAAAUCGAUUGUUGCCUGGCAUAGAUUACCUGGGAUCCGUUUGCAAUAGGAAAUUACGUUCAGUAAUUACUUUCCGACCCGCCAAGAAAUAUCUAGUUUGUCCUAAUUUGUGUUGGAAUUUGGAAUUCUUGCGUACGCAUAUACUAGCUAUAUAUCGCACUAACGGAAUUGAAGGUUCCAACGGUAUUACACCGGUCGGUAGCCACGACACACAGAUCGCAGUGAUGAGAGAAAGUUUGGUGUUUUAUUUUUUGUUUUGUUCACUUUUUCGUUUACGAUGCAUUUUUUUUGGAAGCCUAACAGUUCCCGGAAUCAACAGUCUCGGGUGAAACCAGAGGACUGAAUUUGGAGGAUUUUUUGGGUAAUGGAUCCAAUCUCCGAAUCAAGGCAAACCGGUUCAUGCAAUGCCAUCAUCAUCAUCCUGUAACAUCCAGUUGAAAGACCUUGUGACACAUUUGGCAUACGUUUUGGUACGCUUCCGAUAAGGCUGACGUGUGUAUGAAAGUCAGUAAAUUGAAAACAAAAUUGAAAAAAGCAGCAAAGUGAAACUAAGCAUAAAUUAGAAAUUUUGCCAUAAGCUCCGAGUAUCAGCUCUAAUUUAAAAUGCAUUAAAACGCCCAAAAAGCUUCUACAGUCGUUGGUGAUACUUUUAGGGGCUUUACCACUUGGGCCAAUCUGUUGAGAGACUGAUACGACUGACUCAGUUCUCUUCCACAUUAUGUAAGACACUGUGCUGAAAGAAACAACCUGUCUACGCGGAAUGUAUCUCUCAGAUAGUGGCCGGAUAGGCGACCGGUUUUCCUUGUUUACAUCACGCGAUCAUGCCUCAUCAUAUGGAUGUGUGUUUGUGUCUUGUAUCGUUGGUUUCACUGCGAGUAAACGUUACCGAAACAAAAAAGGGUAAAAUUUAAAUCAACGCAAAACUUCCCAGCUCCGUCAAAAAAAAAAAAAACCCGCCAAAGAAGCUUUCACAUUGCGCGAUAUCAUUCAACGCAUGUUUGAACAACGGUACAACUUUCCCUUCGGGUGGUUUAGUUCGCCUUCCGGUUAAACUUAUUAUUUGUCACUGCCGCAGAAAAAAUUGGGUCUACAGUUGAAAAGAAAAGAUUGGAUGUGUGUAAAGUAUAUCUGUGGUUUAUCACACUUUUCCGCCACAAUUGAAGUUAUUGGUGGUGAUCGAACAACGUUCAAAGUGCAAUCCGCAUGUUGAGUAGGUCAGAUUCCUUGUGUAACCGGUAUGUGCGCGGAAUACUCUUGUUUGUCUAUACAACUUCUAACUGGGUCUACUGUGGCCUUGCGAGCGAACGUAAGAAGUCGCGUCAGCUGGCUUUGACAGGUUGCAAUCGAUUUAUGUGCCAUCACGAGUAUUUGUGGAGUGUCGCAAAAUAACCCCGGGAAGAUAGAGCUUUCUCGAUAUGUUGGAGACAUAGUUCAGUUGCUUCAUUCGUUUUCUACAACAGGUUCGUGCGUAUGUGUGUAUGUUGUACGUGGUGUUUGCACCUUUCCCUCCACGGUAGUGAAAUCCGCUAGUGAUAGCGAUAGCAAAAUUGUAGUGAAAGUGCAAAAAAAGGAUAUUGAUUUUGUCGUGAUUGCAUUAUCUUACCGGUCCUAAAUACGGCUCACAGCUAGAGGUCGUCUCACUGCGGUGGAAGUUUACCAGCAAAAUCAAUAUUAGUUCCACUGUGAUUUCUUUAUACUCAAUACCACGUGGCCUGUAGUGUGGGCAUCGGUGAAAAAGGAAGUGAAACAAAAUUGAGACCCUUUGGUGGCUGGUAACGGUGCCGGUGGCCAACUGGAGCAGUAACACGGUGCUAUUAUUGGGUUCGUCCAUUCUGCUGCUCGCCCUUGCGCGGGAAAUAAUGUUGAAGAGAAGAGCGAGCAAACGAUUCGUGCUGGCAGAAACCGGUGAGGAAAGCUCCUGGAACACGACCGCAGAUAAUGACCAGAUGGCAACGCCACAGCAAGCACCACCGGUGAUCAACCUGGAGACGGCCGUCCCGAGCGGCAGCACCAGCGCCAGCAGCAGCUUCAGUGAGGACAACGGGGUCAACAUGUUGGCCGGUGCUGGUAACGAUGGGCUAAAGGUGCCACUUACCAACAAUCUCCAUCUGUCCGUGUCCGGGGGUUUAAAGCCUAGUAUGUCCCAUGGUACGGGACUAGGACUGCAGCGUGGUCAGGAACGUGACUUUGUUCUAUCAACGACGGAGGAGUUUGUGAAGAAAUUCAACGGUACGCGGGUCAUCAACAAGGUACUCAUCGCAAACAAUGGUAUCGCGGCGGUCAAGUGCAUGCGAUCGAUCCGUCGCUGGUCGUACGAGAUGUUUAAGAAUGAGCGCGCGGUAAGGUUUGUGGUGAUGGUCACGCCGGAAGAUCUGAAGGCAAACGCGGAGUACAUAAAGAUGGCGGACCAUUACGUACCCGUACCGGGUGGAUCGAACAACAACAACUACGCAAACGUGGAACUGAUCGUGGACAUUGCACUACGGACACAGGUGCAGGCCGUGUGGGCUGGUUGGGGUCACGCUUCGGAAAAUCCCAAACUUCCGGAGCUGCUGCACAAGAAGUCACUGGUGUUUCUAGGCCCACCGGAACGUGCCAUGUGGGCACUCGGUGAUAAGGUCGCAUCCUCGAUCGUAGCGCAAACGGCCGAAAUCCCUACGCUGCCUUGGUCCGGCUCGGAAUUGAAAGCCCAGUACAGUGGAAAAAAGAUCAAAAUUUCCAGCGAACUGUUUGCACGUGGUUGCGUGACCACAUCCGAUCAAGGACUAAUUGCGGCAGGCAAGAUUGGUUUCCCGGUCAUGAUCAAAGCAUCCGAAGGUGGUGGCGGCAAAGGCAUUCGGCGCGUGGACAGUCCGGACGAGUUUCCGGCAUUGUUCCGUCAGGUGCAGGCGGAAGUGCCCGGUUCUCCCAUAUUCGUGAUGAAGUUGGCACGCGGUGCCCGCCAUCUGGAGGUACAACUGCUUGCAGAUCAGUACGGCAAUGCAAUCAGUUUGUUCGGACGCGACUGUUCCAUUCAGCGGCGGCAUCAAAAGAUCAUCGAAGAAGCACCGGCCGUCAUUGCCGAUCCGGCCGUGUUUGAGGAAAUGGAGAAAGCAGCCGUACGGUUGGCAAAAAUGGUCGGCUACGUGAGCGCUGGUACGGUGGAGUAUCUGUACGAUUCGGAGGGUAAAUAUUUCUUCCUCGAGUUGAAUCCUCGUUUGCAGGUGGAGCAUCCGUGUACGGAGAUGGUGGCAGAUGUGAAUCUGCCUGCAUGUCAGCUGCAGAUCGGCAUGGGUAUACCGCUCUAUCGUAUCAAAGAUAUCCGCCUGCUGUACGGUGAAAACCCGUGGGGCAGUACGGUGAUAGACUUUGACAAUCCGACCCAAAAGCCACGCCCCUGGGGCCAUGUCAUAGCGGCUCGUAUCACAUCAGAAAAUCCGGACGAAGGUUUCAAACCCAGCUCGGGCACAGUGCAAGAGCUGAACUUCCGCUCAAGUAAAAACGUAUGGGGCUACUUUAGUGUGGCAGCGUCGGGCGGUUUGCAUGAGUUUGCCGACUCGCAGUUUGGACAUUGCUUUUCCUGGGGCGAAAAUCGUCAGCAGGCUCGCGAAAAUCUCGUCAUUGCGCUGAAGGAACUCUCGAUUCGAGGUGACUUCCGGACGACGGUUGAGUACCUGAUCACGCUGCUAGAAACGAACAGUUUUCUGGACAACACAAUCGACACGGCCUGGUUAGAUGCGCUCAUCGCCGAACGUGUCCAAUCGGACAAACCAGAUAUUAUACUCGGCGUGGUGUGCGGUGCGCUGCACAUUGCCGACCGUAAGGUGACGGACGCGUUUGCGAGUUUCAAAGGUUCGAUGGAAAAGGGCCAAAUUCAGGCGGCGAACACGCUUACGAAUGUGAUCGAUGUGGAGCUAAUUGCGGAGGGCGUCCGUUACAAGGUGCAGGCCGCUAAGAGUGGCCCGAACACCUACUUCCUCGUUAUGAACGGGUCCUUUAAGGAGGUGGAAGUUCAUCGACUGUCGGACGGCGGUAUGCUACUGUCGCUGGAAGGUUCCAGCUACACAACGUAUAUGAAGGAAGAAGUCGACCGAUAUCGUAUCGUGAUCGGCAAUCAGACCUGCGUGUUCGAGAAGGAAAAUGAUCCCUCUUUGUUGCGAUCUCCUUCAGCGGGCAAAGUCAUCAGUUUGUUGCUAGAGGAUGGAGCACACGUUUCAAAGGGUCAAGCGUAUGCGGAAAUCGAAGUAAUGAAGAUGGUCAUGACGUUAAAGGCGAAUGAGGCUGGCACUGUAACGUUUGUGCGUCGUCCCGGUGCCGUGCUCGAUGCGGGCACCUUAAUUGGUCAUCUCGAGCUGGAUGAUCCGUCACUGGUCACGAAAGCGCAACCGUACAAAAAUACCUGGCCCAUCAUCGAAAAUGUACAGAUACCGGAAAAGCUUAAUCGUAUUCAUUCGAGCUACAAGACAGUUUUGGAAAACACCCUGGCCGGUUACUGUCUACCGGACCCGUACAAUGCGCCCCGUCUGCGUGAAAUAAUCGAAAAGUUUAUGCUAAGCUUGCGAGAUCCAUCACUGCCAUUGCUUGAGCUGCAGGAGGUGAUUGCUUCCAUCUCGGGUCGCAUUCCUCUAUCGGUGGAAAAGAAGAUCCGCAAGCUGAUGCAGCUGUACGAGCGUAACAUUACCAGCGUGCUGGCACAGUUUCCCUCGCAGAGUAUUGCAAGCGUCAUCGAUAGUCAUGCGGCAACGCUGCAGAAGCGUGCCGAUCGUGAUGUGUUCUUCCUGACUACGCAGGGCAUCGUGCAGUUGGUGCAGCGCUACCGCAACGGCAUCCGUGGCCGGAUGAAGGCGGCAGUACAUGAGCUACUCAAGCAAUAUUAUGCCGUCGAAUCGCAGUUCCAGCAUGGUCAUUAUGACAAGUGCGUUGCGGCUAUACGUGAAAAGCACAAGGACGAUAUGGAUGUGGUAGUAGGGACAAUCUUUUCGCACAGCCAAGUUGCGAAGAAGAACCUUCUGGUGACGUUACUGAUCGAUCAUUUGUGGGCAAAUGAACCGGGUCUAACGGACGAGCUGGCGGCUACGCUCGGUGAGCUGACAUCGUUAAACCGGGCAGAACACUCUCGAGUGGCGCUUCGUGCCCGGCAGGUGUUGAUCGCUUCCCACCAGCCAGCGUACGAGCUGCGGCACAAUCAGAUGGAGUCUAUCUUCCUCUCGGCGGUCGAUAUGUACGGGCAUGAUUUCCAUCCGGAGAAUUUGCAACGGUUGAUCCAGUCGGAAACGUCCAUCUUUGAUAUCCUGCACGACUUCUUCUACCACUCGAAUCGUGCUGUGUGUAAUGCAGCACUGGAGGUAUACGUGCGUCGUGCUUACACCUCAUACGAGUUGACCUGCCUGCAGCAUCUGGAGCUAUCUGGAGAGGUACCGCUAGUGCACUUCCAAUUUUUACUGCCCACAGCACAUCCGAAUCGAUACAAGUACGUAUUUUACGGAUUUAUUUUAACACGUAACCAAAUUUACGACUUUCACGUUUGGCUUUUUUAUUUCAGUUCGGAAGGAAACGAUACCGAUGCUAUUCCGGAUUCAUUUAUGCGCACCGGCUGUAUGGCAGCGUUUGAUUCGUUCGAACACUUCAAUCAAUAUUCGGAUGAAAUUUUGGAUCUUCUCGAGGACUAUGCGUCACCCGUGUUCGUUAAUGCGAAAGUGCUGGAAGCUGUCGAGGGAGCCGAUUCGGACCGUCGAAUGAGCACGUCGAUCAACGUAUCAAUUUCCGAUCAGGUCAAUCGCGUGAUGGAGAACGAAAACGCAGCACCCCGACCAUCGGAAGCGAUCCAUAUAUUGAGCAUUGCGGUACGAGACAUGGGCGACAUGGACGAUCAUCAGAUGGAGCAAGUAUUUGGCUCAUUUUGCAAUCAACAUCGCGAGGAGCUGCUGAGUCGUCGCGUGAGACGAAUUACUUUUGCUGCGUUGAAAAAACGACAGUUCCCCAAAUUUUUCACGUACCGUGCGCGGGACCAAUUCGAGGAGGAUCGUAUUUAUCGGCAUCUCGAACCAGCUUGUGCCUUCCAGCUGGAGUUAAAUCGAAUGAAAACGUACGAUCUGGAAGCACUGCCAACGGCAAACCAAAAGAUGCAUCUUUACCUCGGCCGAGCCAAGGUGCCGAAGGGUCAGGAAGUGACGGAUUUCCGCUUUUUCAUCCGUUCCAUCAUUCGCCAUUCGGAUCUGAUAACGAAGGAAGCCUCGUUCGAAUAUCUGCAGAAUGAAGGCGAACGGGUACUGCUGGAAGCGAUGGACGAGCUGGAAGUAGCGUUCUCUCAUCCGCAGGCCAAGCGCACCGAUUGUAACCACAUCUUCCUCAAUUUCGUACCGACCGUCAUUAUGGAUCCGGCAAAGAUUGAAGAAUCCGUCUCCAAGAUGGUGUACCGAUACGGGCCGCGGCUUUGGAAGCUGCGUGUGCUGCAAGCGGAGCUAAAGAUGGUCAUUCGGCAAACGCCACAGUCGCCUACCACCUCGGUGCGGCUCUGUAUUGCGAACGAUUCGGGCUAUUUCCUCGACAUCGCCAUGUACACCGAAGUGACCGAUCCGGAAACGCACGUCAUCAAAUUCCAAGCCUAUGGUAAUCGGCAGGGUGCACUGCACGGGCUGCCAAUAUCGUCUCCGUAUAUGACCAAAGAUUUCCUGCAGCAGAAGCGCUUCCAGGCGCAAUCGAAUGGGACAACGUACGUGUACGACAUACCGGACAUGUUCCGGCAGAUGACGGAGCGACUGUGGAAGGAGUUUUCCAAAGCGAGACCGACGGAGGACAUCCGUAUUCCGGAGAAGAUUCUGCUGGAGUGUAACGAACUAGUGCUGAACGGCGAUAACCUGGAGGAGAUCCAACGUCUGCCAGGCGAGAACAACGUCGGUAUGGUGGCGUGGCGCAUCGUGCUGGCCACUCCGGAGUUUGCAAAAGGCCGUGAAAUUAUCGUGAUUGCCAAUGAUCUGACCUACCUGAUCGGUUCCUUCGGACCGCAGGAGGAUCUGUUGUUCUUCAAGGCGUCAGAACUAUCGCGACAGCGCAAAUGUCCACGCGUUUACAUCUCGGUAAACAGUGGUGCACGUAUUGGGCUGGCGGAGGAAGUGAAAUCACUGUUCAAGGUCGCUUGGGAAGAUCCCGAAGAACCGGAGAAGGGCUUCAAGUAUCUUUACCUCACCACGGAAGAUUACAGCAAAAUAGCGAACAGCAACUCGGUGCGCGCAAUACUGAUCGAGGAUGAGGGAGAACCACGGUAUAAGAUAACCGAUAUUAUUGGCAAAACAGAUGGGCUCGGUGUUGAGAAUCUCCGAUACGCCGGUAUGAUCGCCGGUGAGACGUCACGUGCGUACGAAGAUGUCGUCACAAUCUCGAUGGUCACAUGUCGCACGAUCGGCAUUGGGUCGUACCUUGUUCGGCUGGGACAACGUGUCAUUCAGAUUGACAAUUCGCACAUUAUUCUAACAGGCUUUGCUGCACUGAAUAAGCUGCUGGGACGGAAAGUGUACGCCUCCAAUAAUCAGCUCGGUGGUAUUCAGAUUAUGCACAACAACGGAGUGACCCACAAAACCGAAGCACUCGAUCAGGAUGGUGUAUAUACGAUUCUGCACUGGCUGUCGUACAUUCCGAAUGAACGUGGCGGUAUCCUGCCGAUCGUGUCGCCAAGUGAUCCGAUCGAUCGAAUGAUCGACUUUACGCCCACCAAGGCACCGUACGAUCCGCGCUGGAUGUUGGCGGGCCGUUACAACCCAUCCAAUCCAUCCGACUGGGAGACGGGUUUCUUCGAUCGGGGCACGUUUUCCGAAAUAAUGGAACCGUGGGCACAGACAGUCGUGACUGGACGUGCCAAGCUGGGUGGUAUCCCUGUGGGUGUAAUUGCGGUUGAGACGCGAACUGUCGAGGUAACCAUACCGGCCGAUCCGGCCAAUCUGGAUUCGGAAGCGAAAACAUUCCAGCAGGCAGGACAGGUGUGGUUCCCGGAUUCGUCCUUCAAGACGGCACAGGCGAUCAAGGACUUUGGGCGGGAGGAACUUCCACUCAUUAUCCUUGCCAAUUGGCGUGGUUUCUCCGGUGGGCAGAAAGAUAUGUACGAACAAAUUGUAAAGUUCGGCGCCUACAUUGUGGAUGGAUUGCGCGAGUACAAGCAGCCAGUUAUUGUCUACCUCCCACCGAAUGCCGAGUUGCGUGGUGGCGCUUGGGCCGUGCUGGAUCCUACCAUCAAUCCACGCUACAUGGAAACUUAUGCCGAUCCGGAGUCGCGCGCUGGUGUACUCGAACCGGAGGGUAUAGUCGAGGUGAAAUACAAAGAGAAGGAUAUCGUGAAAACAAUUCAACGUCUUGAUCCAGCUGCGAUGGAUCUUAAAAAUCAACUGGCUGCCGCGGGUGAGAACAAGGAGCUGGUUGCGGAGUUGGAAAACAAAAUUAAAACCCGAACGAAUGCUCUGCUGCAAAACUAUCAUCCGGUGGCGGUACACUUUGCUGAUCUGCACGACACACCUGAACGAAUGCUGGAAAAGGGUUGCAUUAGUGAAAUUGUACCGUGGCGUAAUUCGCGCAAUUGGAUCUACUGGCGGCUGCGGCGUUUGCUGCUGGAAGAGCAUUUUAUUAAACAGAUUUUCGAAGCACAAGAUGAUCUGUCGGUUGGUCAGGCGAAAUCGAUGCUGCGCAGAUGGUUCGUGGAGGACAAGGGAGCUACGGAGGCAUACCUAUGGGAGACAAAUGAGUCGGCAGUUGAAUGGUUGGAAAAUCAAAAACGCACCGAUUCGACCGUUUCCCGCAAUAUUUACUCAGUUAAAAGAAGCGCAAUAAUCUCACGGAUUCGUCAGUCGUUAAAUGACUUUCCGGAGGCCACACUAGACGCAGUUGUUGGGCUCUGCGAGAAACUGUCGCCGGCACAACGUGGCGAGGUGGUGAAAACGCUUGCCCAGCUUACCGAUAACGAUCACACAAGUCUCGGAUGACAACGUUUCAACUGUACAUAACGGAAACGCUCGAAGCGAAAACGUUAAACUGGAAUGGGACUGGACAGCACGCUGGAGAUAGUUAAUAAUUUAGCGACGAGUUUGCAGUAAUGCAAUUUGGGGGGAUAAAUAUUAGCGAAGAGAGCUAGAUGAUAAGAUUAGAGAAAGAAAAUCCAUUCAUAAAACACAAUUUCAAGCAUGGAAAACGAACGCAGAGAGAAAGUUAAAAUAAUUGCUCUUCUCUAUGUUUCAUUUUUUAGUUGAUUCGAACCAUGUGUUCGUCUGUCAUCGGUUCGGUAUGGCGCAAUCAAACUUGCGCACUUUACAAUAUUAGAGUUUUUUCUGCCGCCUAGAAGGCGUGCUUAGGAUUGUCCAUUUUCGAUAGCAUACAAUUGCGAUCAGAUAAGCUUUAGCCAAAAGAAGCAAAAUGAAGAUGAAACGUUUGAAAUCAUCUGUUUGCUCUUAUAUAAACAUUACACACGCGCACAUAUAAUGGCUGACGAAGAUAUGCAAACGCAUAAGGCAUGCGAAGAAUUCAUCCAAUUGCACUAAAGAAGCGUGCAUAAACAAUCCAACCCUAUUUAAUGAAGUUAACGCUCACACUACAUAACAACACACAUACACACAGAUACAUACAAUACACAUACACAUUCACACGCAAACAAAUGUUCACGUUGGAACUGGUAACGUAGAAAACGCGAAUUAAAAAAAGAAUGAAAUAGUGGAACACCGGUAUGCGCACCGAAUAUGAUUGGUUCGCCUCAAAACAAAACAUAUGGGAAUACUUUAGGUUAUUUAGACUUGUACUAAGCUAAGCUACGCGUACGUUCGUUGUUACAAAGAACGAUUAGCUGAGAUUAGUUGUUAGGACUGUUUAGCAGUAAUGGAUAGGUUUUGUUUGUUUUAAUUUUCCUAAUUUUCACUAAUGCUAAGUUCGUCAAUAAUGUUUUUUUUUUGUUGCUUCUAUUAUUAUUCGUACUGUGUACUAAUUAUCGGAAUUCCGUCGUGCUCUGGUUUACAUGAAAAUUAGUGUAAGAAAAGGUGUUUCUUAGCUAUCGAUUACAUCCAUUAUAGCAUUCGGUUUCUUCAGGGCAAAGAUGCAAAUGGCUUCAGAAUAAAAUUCUUCAAACGUUCA